AUGAGCCUCAAUCGGCAGUACCUUAGUAAGCGAGACCCGUCCACUGUCGCCUUUCCACCACAGCGACAACCGUGUGGAUCCCCGAGAGGUAGCGAGCACGUCUUAGAGGGUCUGGACCCCUGGGAACCGCUGUCGACAAGUGGAACCUCUGGGGGGGCCACACUCGCCCAGGCUCAAGUUGCUCAACCACCGCUGAUAAUCCCAGUGAUAACGCCAUUUUCGCCCCAAAGCACUCAAACCCGCCCGCCUCUUUGGUGCUGGCUCCGUCUACGGCUUGCCCAUCUGCCACUGCCCGUCCUCAGCUCAGCAGCGCCAGCAACGAAUCUCCCAAAGCCUACGAAUACUUACUGUCAUAGAGAUAGAGAGAGAUAUAGAAAGAAAGAGAGAAAGAAAGAAAGAGAAGAGAAUCAAACCUUUCCUCCCACCGGCGCCGCUUUCGAAUCAGCCGACGUUAAGUACAUACCGAUCCCUUCCCACUACGACCAUUCGCACCUCUAUAUCUCUAUCCAGCCUCGGACGAACCCAGACCGCACUCUCCCAUACCUCACACACUACUUCAAUCACGACACCGACACCAUCAAAGGCGACGACGGCGCACCGCGACCACGAGACUUUCCUCCCUCGUUCACCUCCGCCUCGUCUGAACGUUGUCGCACACCUUUAGCUACUAGCCAUCGGGCAAUCUCUCUGUCCCUCAGUGCCGUCAAACCCUUCGCAAUCAGCAGGGCCAAGGACGAGAACAGAAGAAGAAAGCAUCUAGACGACUUCCACAAAACACAGACCACAACCCCCCCCCCUCCCCCGGCCGACGAAUCACCAGGGGCUCAACCUCCUGCCAAACCUGCCUCGAGUCUCAACACAAACGCCCGCGCGCGACUUCGACAAACUGCACUGGAAUUGCGUGCCCUCUACCAAUUCCAUCCCACAACCACACCCCUCAGAACCAGUCGGAAUCCGUUCCUGUAGAUCGUCCGGGGCUCCCAUCUUGGGCAGCUGCUCAGAAAUACCUAUCCGUACUCCGUACUGCGUAUACCCAGACACCCCAUACUCCGUCCACCAAAAAAGAUACACGCCAAUCCUCUUCCAGGUCCUGUUACGCCAGGUCUCUCACAAGUUCCUACCCGAAAUCAACCUUCCCCUGGCUCGCACGCCAUCGCCAGGUCCUCUCGGCUCACCAACACCCAAGACGCCCAUCGGCCACGACUGUCAC